AUUCCCAUCAGUCUUCACAGAAGCUUGCAGACCUCUAUAACGCGCUUUCUCCUCUUUUUUUUUCCAGACGUGCCCCCGGCCGAGCAAGAGAAAUUGUUUGUCCAGAAGCUGCGCCAGUGUUGUGUCCUUUUCGACUUUGUCUCUGACCCCUUGAGUGAUCUAAAAUGGAAGGAGGUGAAGAGAGCGGCCCUGAGCGAGAUGGUAGAAUAUAUCACACACAAUCGCAAUGUCAUCACGGAGCCCAUCUACCCGGAGGUGGUUCAUAUGUUUGCAGUGAACAUGUUCCGGACGUUACCCACCAGUCCCCCGCCGUCCUCCAACCCCACCGGAGCCGAGUUUGAUCCCGAGGAAGAUGAGCCGACGUUAGAAGCCGCGUGGCCACACCUACAGCUUGUAUACGAGUUUUUCCUGCGAUUUCUGGAAUCUCCGGAUUUCCAGCCGAACGUAGCGAAGAAAUAUAUCGAUCAGAAGUUCGUUCUGCAGUUGUUGGAACUCUUCGACAGUGAAGACCCCAGAGAGAGAGAUUUCCUGAAGACGACUUUGCAUCGAAUCUACGGGAAGUUUUUAGGCCUCCGAGCGUACAUAAGGAAACAGAUCAAUAAUAUAUUUUAUAGGUUUAUUUAUGAAACGGAACACCACAACGGCAUAGCAGAGCUGCUGGAAAUCCUGGGAAGUAUAAUUAACGGGUUUGCCUUACCAUUAAAAGAAGAGCACAAAAUAUUCCUGCUGAAGGUGUUACUGCCGUUACACAAAGUCAAGUCACUCAGUGUCUACCAUCCACAGCUGGCGUAUUGUGUAGUACAGUUCUUAGAGAAGGACAGCACCCUGACCGAGCCGGUGGUGAUGGCUCUGCUCAAGUAUUGGCCGAAGACUCACAGUCCGAAGGAAGUCAUGUUUUUUAAACGAAUUAGAGGAAAUUUUAGACGUCAUAGAACCCUCAGAAUUUGUAAAGGUCAUGGAGCCGCUCUUCCGGCAGCUCGCCAAGUGUGUGUCCAGCCCGCACUUCCAGGUGGCGGAGCGAGCGUUAUAUUACUGGAACAACGAAUACAUCAUGAGUCUAAUCAGCGAUAACGCAGCUAAAAUCCUCCCCAUUAUGUUCCCAUCAUUGUACCGGAACUCCAAGACACAUUGGAACAAGACCAUCCAUGGACUCAUCUACAACGCCUUGAAGCUGUUUAUGGAAAUGAACCAAAAACUUUUCGAUGAUUGCACUCAGCAGUUCAAAGCAGAGAAACAAAAGGAGAAGCUAAAGCUGAAAGAGAGAGAAGAAGCUUGGGUUAAAAUCGAAAACCUCGCCAAAUCCAACCCCCAG